UCAGGAUUUGUGCUUCAGUUGUAACAGACAUGAAUAUUUUGGAGAAUAUUAUGGGUCAAUCUUGCUAUUUAUGAUUUGAUAUUGAAUAUUCGGUGUUUAAUAUUUAUUUAAUUCACUAUUCCUUCUAUAAUUAUUGUAUAAAAGUGAUUUUUAACAGUAAAAUUCAUAUCUGAAAUAUCAGUAUUUUAAAUCACGUAUUUGUGGCCAUUUAUUCGUAUGUUUUAUUGUAAUGCAUUGAUACUUCAAUUAUAGUUAAGUACUACAAUGGAUAUUGAUGUUAGUAAGGAAAAUAUACAGCCGCUAAGAGGUGGAAGAAACCUUGUGCAAUUAGGAACUGCAUUGCAAGCUCAGUCAGAUGUUGAUGCCCAAAGGCAACUGCAGUUGCAAAAAGAAGAACAUGAAGCAGCUAUCAGACAAUAUCAAGGUUCAGAUCCCUUGGAUCCAUGGUUUAACUAUAUCCAAUGGGUUGAACAGUCAUAUCCAAAACAUGGCCAUGAAGGCAAUAUAGAUAAAUUAAUAAAGGACUGUUUACAAUUAUUUGAAAAAGAUGAGAAAUAUUUUCAAGAUAGGAGACUUGUCAAGUUGUGGAUAAAAUAUGUGGACUGUCUCUCAAAUCCACUUGAAAUAUAUCAAAGAUUAUACAAUACGGGUAUUGGUAUAGAAUGCUCAGAGUUUUACCGAGCCUGGGCUUGUUACUGUGAGGAGUCUGGAGACUAUAAAAAAGCAAAUCAAGUAUACAUGCUUGGCCUUCAGGCUAAGGCCCAACCAUUAGAUGAACUAGAACAAGCACAUAUGAAUUUUCAACUGUAUUUUGCACAGAGGAUGCUACAUGAUGAUUCACCAACUAAAAGAAAGGCGGCUUCAGCAUUAGCUGAAACAAGAAUGGCUCUAACAUCACUAAAAUCCUUUAAAAGACGUAACAUUGCUAAUGUACCUGUUCAAAGAGUUGGUGACAGCAUCAAAAGCACUAUGCCUGGUGUAAUACGACAGCAAGGAAUAGACAAUAGGUUGCCAAAUUCGAACAUCAUGGUCAAUGUUUAUGAGGAUGCCCCAUCAACUUCAAGAGGUGUUGUGCCCACUUCAGAAGACCCUGGACCUACCUCAUUAGUGCAAGCCUAUAGCAAUGUAGAGAAUGAAAAGGAAGUUGGUAUAUGGACAAAUCCAAAAACAAAAAUGGUUCAUUCUAAUGUUGUUCCACAUCAACCUUUACCUUUUACUCCCUAUGAAGAUGUGGAUGAUGAUUUAAAGCUUUCGUCAAACCAUAUGCCUUAUUGUUUGGAUGAUUUGACAUUUAAUGUGCCUCUAUGUGUACCUGAUCCUGCAGACCCAACAAAAAUACCUUGUUAUAAUAAAACACAGGUCUAUGUUAAUGAUAAAGAAUACAGUUUAGAAGAAAUUAGAGCAAGAAAAUAUAGUUUAAAAAAAGAAGUUAAAACAGAAAAUGUUGAUAUGGUACAAAAAACCUAUAAGAAUAUUAAUGAAACACUUGCACAGUGUAGUGCCUUAGAGACAUUAGCAAACUGUGCAUUAGAUACUGAACAAGAUCAUAUGGCACAACUGAUGCCAUUAUCUGUGCCUACAUUACAAAAUGUAACUAAAAUUACAAGUAUGCAUUCACCCGGUGAACCAAAAGUAUUAGUUAAUUUAGAUUCAAAUGAAGUCAGUGAAAUGGCUGUUAAGAAAAAUGAUGAAAGUGACAGACCUCAUAAUUCCGAAACUGAUAAGGAAAAUCAAAUAGCUACACAAGGCACUCCCAAUAAUAAUUUUAGAACUGAAAAUACAAACUACGCCAGAAAUAAUUUAAUGGAGGAGUUUAAUCGAAGUCUUAUGAGUAAUCUUCUAGGAGACUCAGUUACAGUAAACACUAAAGAAGCACGUUGGGAGUUGAGGAAUAUUUUUAAUGAUAAUGCAGAACCAUCAAUAAUGCAGCCAGUUGUUCAACAAUUUGAAGUACCUAAAUUUGACAUCCACGAAGAUAGAUCUAUGACAAUGGCCAUUAAUACAAAAAAAAAUUAUGAGAUGACUGGUAUCAGAAGUUUUCCUGAAGACAAAGAGAAUGCAAAUAAGUUUAAUGCUCCACCACCAGUAGCAACUCAACAAGUUAAUAAAACAGCAUAUUAUGAAGAGCCUUCUUGCACUCAAAUAUUCAAUUUUAACAUAAAAGACGCAAGUACACCAAAUAUGUCACAAUUUAAAAAACCUUCCAGUUCCAUUGACCAGUCAAGUAAAUUUACUUCAGUGCCUAAAUUUGCAAUUGAUGAAAGUGUUAUAGAACAACCUGAUCAAGGGAAUAGCAAAAGAGAUGAAUGCUCCAGACAAACAACAGACCAACAUGCUACUGUAGACAAUCAAGGAGGUGGACUUUCGGUUAUCAUGGAAGCAACAAGGGAAUACAAUAGUAAAUCAGGCUCAAGUUCAUCUGGUCAGUCGAGAACAAAUUUUACUGGUUAUACAACAAAUUUUGAUUCUAUUUACAAUAAUCAUGAUCCAAAUCAACCAAAUACUGCAUCAAAAAGAAAUUCAAUAACAGCUCAAGCAAGAUUACCGAAUGGACAAUUUGCUAGAUCAUAUCAGCAAAAGAGAGAUCAAACCGAUAGUAAAGUGGCUAAUACGCCGUCCACUUCAGUGCCUUAUCAUUCUCAUGAUCAUCAAUAUCAAAAACCUUUACCGACAAACUACAGUGGAUAUUCUCCACAGAGAUCUCUACAUAGUCAUUAUCAACAAAACUAUAACUAUCAACAAGGAUAUUCCAAUAAUCAUUUAAUGGCUCAUCAGCCACCUCAAGGCUAUGGGAGCCCAAAUCCUAAUGCUUAUCAUAGUCCUCAACAUCCUAGUGUACAAAGUUCCCAUGAUAUGAAUCCAUCUGUCCCUGCAGGCUUUCAAAGCCCCACAUAUUCCAACCAAAUGGUGUAUCACCAAUCUCCAGUUACUAGUCCUGGUCAUGCUCUAAUGAGCCCUCAACAAGGGUAUGCAAACCGUCAGGAAUAUCACUAUCAAAGUCAAGCUGAACGGCAUGUUUAUGCUAACCAACAACAACAACAACAACACCAGCAUCAGCCUAAUCCGACGAUAUUUCAAAGUCCUCCACAUCAGACCCAGUACCAAAAUUCAAUAUACUACCAGAGAACUAAUCAAGUAUCAGCUCCAAAUCAAGUAUACAAUCAACAAAACUAUCAUAAUGUUCAAAACCAGUAUAAUAAUCCCAAUAUGUAUGCAAACACUAAUCAAAACACGAGUAAUUCAAACUACAGUAAUGCUACUCAUAGCCCAUAUAGACAAGCUUCUAAACAAACCGUAGAAAAUAAUCAAUUGCCAUAUGGAAAUACGAUUUCAAAUAAUCAGCCAUUUCAAAUUUAUCAGAGCCCACAGCCUUCUCAAAGUAAUUACCGAAAUAACGCAGUGCAAGAUAGUAUGGUUCAAAAUCCUUAUGCUGAACAAAUUAGACAAGAAUCCGCCGACAUAUCUAUGAAAUGUCAAGAUCAAGGGGAAAGUGAUAAAAGUUCAAUGAAUGGAUCCAGUAACCAAUCUCAGAAAACAUCACAGCAUAAGAGUCCAAACAGUUCAGUAUUAAGAAAUGUUAGGCAUGAUCAGCCUAAUGUUAAAGUAGAGCAGAAAUCUCCUGAUAUAGGAUUCUCUAAUCAGUUCCUCAAUUUUAUAUCUAACAGAAAUGAACCCAAAGACAAUGCUAAUACACCAAAAUUUACUAACAGUCCCAGUAUAUCUCAGAAAAUGCAUAAAAAUUUGUAUGUGUCAAGUCCUGAACAAGCUCAAGUUCCGCCAUCUUCAGGCCUCUCUGAUACUGAUAGCAAAGAUGGGUUGACAGCACAAACUGCUACACCUAUUCAAUCUGCAAAAAUAUCGCAUUCUAUUGAAAAACAGAAAGAUAUCUCCAAAAGACAGUUGGAUUUCGAGCAUAGGGUUGAAAUUCAGUCUGAGGAUAGCAGAGAUUCUGUAGGAAAAGAAAGUAGAAUUUCCUCUAUAUAUUCACGACAAUCUGAUUUUCAAUCAGAUGGAUAUGGGAUGGAUGUUGAUAGCGAAAAUUCUAUGGAGUGUAGUGCUUUUAAAUCUUCUCAUUCAAUAUCUUUAGUGGAAACCAGUGAUAUACCUAGACCAGCUGAUAUCGAAUUCCCAAAAGUUAUUGAUCCAUUUAAUAAAAAAAUGUUAGCUUCAUUGUUAGAGUAUGUGAAAUUUCCAAAUAAAACACACGCCGAUGGCUAUGUAGAAGUAAGAUCUAUACCGAAAGUACAACAAGCGACUGUUAUGCGGGUUGGAAGUUCAAAAUUUUCAGUUGAAAAACAAUUAGGUAAAGGAAAUUAUGGAGCAGUAUUUUUAUGCUUAGAUAUUCAUAACAAUAAAUCAGUUGCUGUUAAAUUUCAAAAACCAAGUCGACCAUGGGAAUUCUAUAUUUGUCAAGAGAUAAAAGCUAGGAUAAAGGAUCCUUUCAUGCUUCCAGGUUAUAUGGACAUAACAACAGCUUUCUUAGGAGAAAAUGCCAGUUUAUUUGUAUCAGAGUAUUCACGAUAUGGCUCUCUGUUGGAUGUUGCAAACAAAGUCAGGAUUGCUACUUCUAAAUGUAUAAAUGAGUUUAUUGUUAUAUUAUUAACAUCAGAAAUGCUCUCAAUAGUACACUACUUACACAAAGCGCAAAUUAUACAUGCUGAUAUCAAACCAGAUAACUUUUUGUUAAUGAAAAUACCAACACAGGAAUGGCGAACACCAUCUUUACAAUUGAUAGAUCUAGGAUGUGCAAUAGAUAUGUCUUUAUUCCCAGAAGGUACUACAUUUAGAGAAUUAAUUUCUACGGAAGGGUUUACUUGUACUGAAAUGAGAGAAGGAAAACCUUGGACAUACCAAACAGACUUGUACUGCCUUGCCGGUACAAUACAUGUUAUUCUAAUGGGUAGCUACAUGAAAGUAGCAAACCGAUUGGGGCAGUGGAAUAUUGACAAAAAAUUACCCCGGUAUAUGAAAAAUAGCUUAUGGGACAAAAUUUUUACCACCCUCUUAAAUGUGCCCGACUGCAAUAAUUUACCUGACCUAAUGGAUCUCAAAAAUGAAGUGGACAGUGUUUUGAAUGAAAUUGACAGUCUUGGUUCUCAGCUCCGUAAUUUUGCUAAUGUGCUUAAAUCUAGGUAAACUAAGACGGCCCAACUGUAUUUAUUGCAUUUAGAUAUUAUUGUGACUGUAAAAAAUAUGAUUGUAUGGAUAAUAAUUACAAUUAAGUUAAUGAAUUUCAGUAGUCAUCUGUCAGGUUCGAACAGUUCCAAAAACCUAUUUGUAAAAUCAGAUAUCACUUUACGAUAAUCUUGUUGUGUUUAAUUAAAAAUGUGAUAUGUAAUUUAGCUUUUUUGUUAGUAAAUAUAAAAAAUGGCUUAGCAUAUCUUGUUAGCUUAAUGUUGAAACUUCACUUAGGUUUCAUUUAUUUUUGUACAACAUAUAAGACUUGCACUUCAUUUUUUUUGUUCAAACUGUAAUAAAUAAUUACGUGGU